UUUGGUCACAUCAAAUGUCUGCUGUCUGCCAGUCUGUCAGGCUGUCUGAUCACAGAGAAAGGCUGUACUUCUCUGGCCUCCAACCCCUCCCAUCUGAGAGUGCUGGACCUGAGCUACAAUCAUCCAGGAAAGGCAGGAGUGAAGCUGCUGUCUGCUAGACGGGAGGAUCCACACUGGAACACACUCAGGCUGGAACCUGGUGGAGAGCAGUGGCUGAAACCUGGUCUGAGGAAGUAUUCCUGUGAACUCUUCCUGGACCAGAACACGGUGCACAGGAACCUCAGACUGUCUGACAACAACAGGAAGGUGACACAAGUAGAGGAGGAUCAGCCAUAUCCUGAUCAUCCAGAGAGGUUUGAGACCUGGUCUCAGCUGCUGUGUAGAGAGGGUCUGACUGGUCGCUGUUACUGGGAGGUCGAGAGGAGCGGAGUGGUUGAGAUAUCAGUGAGUUACAGAAGAAUCAGGAGGAGAGGAAACAGAGAUGACUGUUGGUUUGGACGUAAUGAUCAGUCCUGGAGUCUGGUCUGCUAUUAUAGUCGUUACUCUGUCUGGCACAAUAACAGAGAAACAGUCCUCCCUGAGUCCUUCUCUGUCUCUGGUAGAAUAGCAGUGUAUGUGGACUGUCCUGCUGGCUCUCUGUCCUUCUACAGAGUCUCCUCUGACUUACUGAUCCACCUCCAUACCUUCAACACCUCAUUCACUGAACCUCUCUAUCCUGGGUUUGGGUUUGGGUUUGGUUCCUCAGUGUCUCUGUGUUCUUUGGAGGACAAGACCCCCUUUGAGCAAAUUCUGCACAAACA